AAAAAACGCUGGGCUGGGCCAAAGCAAGCAGUGAUCACCGUUUCAUAUUGUAUUGCUGUAUAUCAGAGUCUGCGACAGCGGCACCAGACCGUCAAGCCAUCUCGGCCCGCCCGACGCGGUACCCAGCAGCCUAGAAGACACUCACUGCUGAGAGCAGCGUACGGGCGCAAGCAGCCGUAAGCGCUCACUAAAAAAAAAAGCAAGCCGCCCCUAAAAAAGAAGAUGGCAAAAUAUGAACACAGAGACGCGGACAACCGCUGGCACGCCUUCUCGGACGCGGACAACCAAGUCAUCGAGGACGCCUACCGCGCGAACAAGAAUAAAAUCCUCCUCACGAUGCCGCAGAACCCGCCCGGGCUGCGCGAAUUCGAAGUGCGGUUCGGCGACAACGCGCGGAGCGAGCGCAUGCCGCGGCCGCCGUCGACGAAGAUCAUCCAGGUGAACGUCGCGAGCGGCGCGACGCGAAUAGUUAGAAGAAUUGCGUCCCCAAGAGGAUCCAACUCGGCAGCAAUGACAAGAGCCAGUUCCUUCGCCGACGACCCGGCGUUGUAUGGGUGGCUUUUGCGAAGAGCGACGUCCGGGUGGCGGCGCGGCGCGUGGCAGCGGCGAUUUUUCGUCUUGGUGCCCAAGAGCAGCUGCCUCCUCUACUUCCACCGGGGCCUGCACACGAGAGAGGUCCAAUUAUGCCGCAACGCGGACCCGUCGGCGCCGGCCGCUAGAGGUACCAUACCUCUCGCGAACGCGAUGGUCUGUACUGAUGACGUCGACGGCUCCAAGCAGCACUCCUUUUCGAUAGCGGUGCCCGGCGGCUUCGAGUAUGAUCUCGCCGCCCAUUCCGCGGCGAAGAAGGAGGCGUGGUUGGAUCAAUUAGUACGAGUGGCGCGCGGCGACGACUUAAUACCAGCACCGCCGCCGACGCCGGCGAGACCUCAGGGCGGCGUCGUGCGCGCGACGACGGGCGCGACGCUGCCGCUGGGCGCGGCGGCGGGCGUCGCGCCACUGCCGGCCGUGCGGGCGCCGCCGCCACCGGCAAACCCGUUCGCCGCGCCGGCGAACCCCUUCGCGUCUUCAACAACAGCAUCACCGGAUCCCUUCGGCGACCACGUCCUCGCGCCGGCGCGCGCGCCCGUCCCUCCACAAAGACCGGCCGCGCAACUACCAUCAAACCCCUUCUCGGCGCCGCCGAACCCAUUUACAUCGUCGACGCCGGCGCCCGACCCCUUCCUCGCGGCCGCCGACGCGUUGGACCCCGCACAUGCGAGGGCGCCGCCGCCAACGAACGACCCCUUCGGCGACCACGUCCUCGCGCCCGCGCGCGUCCAGCGCGCCGACUCGAACGUGAGCUCGGAGCCGGCGGACCUCGUCGAGGCGUUCGCGGCAUGUGUUGUCGACGACGACGCGCACGAGGACCACUGCGAGUGCGCCGUAUGUUUUGAUGAACUAUACAAAAGGACGCAGGGCGUGUUGUUGGACGACGCGGGGCGGCGGUUAUGUCGGCACGUCGUGCACCUUGAUUGUUUGAAGGAUUUGCCUUCCUAUAGAGAUAAUAACGGUGCACCACUCUGCCCCCUUUGUAGGAGGGCGAGCGCGGGCGUGACAGCUUUACCGUCCAUCUUCGACGAUGCGAGGAGGUGGUUCGAUCUCGUCGAUCUAGAUAGGAGCGGUCAAGUGGCCGCCGAAGAUGUCCUAGCCACCCUCAAAGCCCAAUUACCGGUGGACGAGGAGGCGAUCGACGCGCGGUGGGAUUCACUGUGGGCGCACUUCGACCAUAACGGCUCGGGUACUCUUGCCUAUGACGACAUCGCCGCCCCAGAAAGAGGUCUCGUGGCCUUUUUAGAGAGAGCGGGGUUGAACAAGGCGACUCCGAAGACGCCGCGACCGCCGCCCCCGAAACUCGAGAGCGAGCCGGGCGCCUGGUUCGACUAUUGGGACGAAGACGGGGUUGGAUAUUUGGAGGAGGGCGAGGUGCUUAGGGCUUUGGUCCACUCUUUAGAAGUGAGAGGUGAUCGGGGGCAAGUGCGGGGCACGGCGGAAUUAGUUAGAGCUUGUUUAGCCGCGUGCGACAUUCAGAGUCGAGUUACAAGAGAAGACUUUGUGCGCGAGGACGGCCUGGCUACUGUGGUUGCGGAGAAUUUGGGCUUGAGGUCCUUCCGGACGGAGACGCCGCGGCCCGUCGAGCCGACAAACUACGACAUCUCCGUGCGCACGAACGGCGGCCGGACCUUCGCGGCGACGGACUUCCCCGCGGGCAUUCUGUCGGCCGACACGACCGUUGAAAGUUUGCGGUCGAUGAUCGCCCAGUUGUCGGACUCGCGGCCGGAGAGCAUCCGGUUGGUCAAUCGAGGGAAUGUAUUAAGGGACGACUCGUUAUCUUUACGGGACGCGGGCGUCCGGCCCGGCGACCAGUUGAUGUUGGUUGUGAUGGCCGGGGCGACGCGCCAUGCGACGCGGCCGCCGGCCUACUCCGCGCCCGCGCCGGCGCCGCGGCCGCCCGCCUAUUCGGCGCCGGCGCCGGCGCCCGUCGUGCAGGCCACGCGGCCAGCGCCGGCGCCGGCGCGCCGGAGGACGACGGUCCGCGUGCCGGCGUCUGCGGGUCCUGGCUCCGUAAUGACGGUGCGCACGCCGACGGGCGAGACCGUGCGCGUGACGGUCCCCCAAGGCGUCUACGCGGGUUCGACCUUCGAGUUUGAGUACGGCGGCAACGCGGCGCCUCCUCCGCGACCGCCACGGCCCCACACGCCACCGCGGCCGCCGCCCGCCGGCGGCGCGCAGCUCAUGCGCGUCCAGGUGCCGCCCAAUUCCGGCCCGGGUGCCUCGCUGACCGUGAACGUUCCCGGCCGCGGCGCGCACCGCGUCACCGUGCCGCCGAACGUCCGCGCUGGGCAAUAUUUCCAGUUCCGAGUCCACUAGCCGAUCAUAAUUUAAGAUGUUGUAGAUAGCCGGGGUACAUUAGGCCUCGGUCGCGGGAGAAGGGGAGGGAACAGUUGCACAGGGCCGCGUCU